AUGGCUGACAUUAAUUUAGAACAAUAUUAUUUCAAUCCCGACUCAGAGGUGAUUUGCGGUGAUAUGGUGCCGCCGAUUAACGAUUCACACAAUUUCGACUAUGAUAACUAUCCAUCGGUGGUCGAACGAUACUAUACCAAAUACUAUUAUUUCCGAAAUGGUGACAUCAAUGAGGCACACACACUGUUGAAUCAUUCGAACAGCAUUUGUUUGGUUGGUUUGGCUGACACUCACAUUGCCGUUAAAAAGGGCAUAAAAUCGAUGACCUUUGACGUUGGCAAUUUUGAUCGAAGCAAAAAUCAAGUGACUGGCAAAGGUAAAAAAGGCGCCAUGAAUCUACAGGUCACCUCUUGUUUGGCCAUUGUCACGUGUGACGAUGAUUCGACGUAUCGCAUUUCUAGCACCAUUCAGGGUAAAUUAAUUGAAGUCAACGAACGCUUAUUGUCGAAUCCAAAACUCAUUGGCCAAGAUGGACACGGGUACAUCGCAAUUGUGCUACCAAAACUUGACAAAUGUAAAGAACAACUCGAAAAACUGGUCACCGAAGAAGAGUAUCAGGCCCAACUCAAGCAGCAAAUCGAUGAAAAUGGUGUAGAAAUUAAGUCAGUUGUUUAAAUUUUAUUCGUAAAUUGUAUGAAAUAAAAAGCUUAACAAAUCAAA